AUGUUCUUCACAGAUCGGUUGUCUUUGCUCUUGGCUAAAGAACGGAGUCACUCUCAGACAUACCUUGGAUGCCUGAAAAAAGGUCCUGUUUUCACAGAUCCAAAGAUCAAAUGGUAUGAACCCUUGGCAGAUUUGCUGGGGAAAGAGUACUUUGCGUAUGCCCGUGGCCCCAUUUAUGCUCUUUCCGCUGAUGUUGUCACUCUUUUGGUUACCCGCAAGAACAAUAGCUUCAGGAUGUUUAGCAACGAGGACGUGACAAUAGGUGCGUGGAUGCUGGCAAUGAACGUGAGCCACGAGAACCAUGGCACCCUCUGUGAACCAGAAUGCUCACCCUACUCCAUUGCUGUUUGGGAUAUCCCAAAAUGCACAGGUCUUUGUAACCCAGAGGAAAGAUUGUUGGAACUUCACAAGCUACAGAGCUGCUCAAAGAGCCCCACUUUGCCCUCGGAUCAUGAAUGA